AUGACCCUGGACACGACAACACCCGUCUUCAACGAGUUCAUUGCAAGACAAAGCGUCACGACGCUAUCCUCAAUUAACUUGCAAAGUUCUUCCGUGCUGCUGUUGCCGAGCGCUGGAGGUGUUCCAAAUCCAGCGACGCUUGAUCUUUUCAAGGCAUGGAAGAAGGUCAUACCAAGCUAUGCUCUUGAUGCGGCUGAUAAGAUUUGCGCUCGUCAGGAAAAGAUUGGAGAGCUUGAAACUGAUCAAGUGGAGGAAUAG